AGAUGACGAUCGUGUAGCGCGGCAGCACAGACUCAGCACGACUCCCUGCUAUAGGAUGCCGUGAUGCUUGAGGAUGUUGGGUGAGGAUGGAGUCCAUUCGGGCCUACUACGAGUACCCCCCGUCCCAUGCCAACAUGCCGGCCAGGGACUACGGGGGCAGUGUGAACCCGGCCAAGGCAAGACGUUCCUGGGGUGACUUGCUCAAGUUUCGAUCCCGUGGCAAGGAGCGUCAUCUGUCCCCUGUUAGUGCAACCCUCACCCCACCAGCCAUGCCUGUCCAACCCACCCACAACUACAUGGCUGAAUACAGGCAGAAGUACGGUGCCUACAAUGGAACGGUGGGUCGCACGUCCUACCAGGCUAUGACGGUGGUGAAAAGCAUCUCCCCUCCACCAGUGCCUCCAUCAUCCAAUGCCCCUAAAGGUUACCCCAACCAUGGUUACCGUACCAACGGUUACAUCAGGCAUGCUGCCUCUUCUGGCACCGUGUCUGCUUCUACUGGGGCCACCAUGUCGUCCACUGUGCGCUACACAGAUUGGUUUGGCUCUGUGGUUGGUCGACGGCCUCCUGUCAGGCCCCCAUUACCUACCUUCAAUGCAGUGCCUCCAGCAGGUCUGCAUAACACAGAGAAAGGCGCUGCGUGGGACCACUAUGUGACGUUAGACCCUGUGUAUGAAGCUCCACGAGUUGUGCCCGUCCAGUUGUACACUAAUGUAUGUGUUUGUCCUGAUCAGAUGCUUAAUACUAAAGGACGCAAGAAGAAAAAAUGUAAGAGAUGUGGGAGGAAGGUAGCAACAAUGCGACAUGCUACUGCAGGUGUGGCCUCCAAGGUGCGACCAGCCAUCCCUGCCAGCAUGUAUCAGCCGCCACCACAACCCCCACCGGCGGCUGCUCAGCAUGCCUGGGGGUGGCAGGUGUUGGAGGAGAGAGUCUACGAGCGAUAUGAAGUUCGAGCUCCUCGUCCCAACCACGUAUCUGUUCGUCCACUUAGUGAUGAAGAGGAGUCGCCACCCCCAACGCCAGAGACAGUUCGUAGUGUUCGCAGCAUGAAAAGUGUAAAAAGUAGUGACAGUUCUGCUACUAUCACUCGCGAUACACCAGAACCUGCACGGCCUGCCCCGCCUCCACCUACCAUCCCUCGUGUCCUCCCAGCUACCCCAGAAGGUCCACCGGCCGUCACACCUACUAGUAGUGCCAAAGAAAAUGCUUCAGCAAGUGAAACAGGUGAUAAACGUAACUCCAUAUUAUUAGAGAACCCUUCAGCGUAUCAGUUAAUCUCUCGCUACCGCCAGCCAGUUAAACACAUAAGUUCGGACACCGAUGAACUCAGUGACAAUGCCGUGGACACCUCUUAUGAUGGUUGGGAUGCCGAGUCAUCUCUAACUGUCACAGACGACGUCCAGGAAGGGCAGGUGAAUGUGAUAACAAUUGGUAGUAACCAGCCUCAGUCUGUAGCUGUGACACACUCCUCUAAGGUAGAAAAUUGCAGGGACAUGGGCAAUAGAGUUAGAAUACAUACGAAUUCUAGUGAAAGUACAUUCAGUUUGAGUGAUCAGUCUUCCUAUCAUAAGAAUUUAGUUUCUGGUUACAAUAAUGAUUCUGUGUCAAGGAACAAUUACAAUUCAUCCAGUGAUGAAAAUUCACCAAGCAUCUCAUCCAGCAGUAGGAGUGCAUCAUCAAAUACCAAGAGUUACAGCAAGAACAGUAUAUCUGAUCAUAAAAGUUCUUCAGUUAAUAACAAGAAUGGAAAACAUCUCUACUCAAGUGAUAAAGGUAUUUCCUCUAGUAGUAAGAACAAUCUCCCCAAGCAUAGAAAAAAUUUGAACAACAAAAAUUCACAAUCCAGCAGUAAGAAUACAUUAGUGAAUGAGAACAUAUACUCUAGUGGCAAAAAUAACUUGGCCAAUAAGAAGAUUGCAACAUCUGCAUCCAAUGUAAAAAAGUCGAUGUUAAAUGGCCACAGCAGCCCCAAGUUGAAUGGCAACGGCAAUGGACCCAAAUUAGAGGUGAAGAAAUUGCGCGAGGCAAGCGAAUUGAAGCACGGUGGUAGCACUGUCCGCAUUGCUGGCCAACGCAUGCUGGUCAUCACUCCAGGCAUGCCUCAUCCAGAAUCUAAUUCUGGAUUUUCAAGUGGUGAAGAUGAGAAUGAAGUGAGUAUUGAGGAUGAUACCAGUGAUUAUCCCAUGUCCUCACCAACUACUACUCGAGGUUCAGAUACUGAUACAUUGCUAGAGGAAGAUGAUUUGCCUGUUGAUUCCUCAGGUCCAACAUAUGAUCCUCCCACUGAACAUCUUGAGCUUCAGAGUUCUAACUUUGAGUUUUCAGAUUCACUCCUUGAUUCUUCAAAUAUGCAGUGUGAGCGUUGGGAGCCUGUCAGGGAUACCAUUUUUGAGGAGGAAGAAAAUGAGGAUGAAUGGAAAAUAGAAAAUCAUCGCAAGCAUGAGAUGCAGGAAGAUGACGAAGAGUCCGCCUUACUUGGAGAUGAAGAUGAAAAAGAUGAUCCAAGUGUGAGUUCCUCAUCAACCAGCUCACCAAUCCGUCAUGAGGGCCUACAUCCUACUCUCUCUGAGCUCCUGAAAGUUAAGUCUAUUUUGAAAAAGCCACCUUCAGUUGACACCAGCUCUGAGACUGACUCUGACUUUUAUUUGCCAACGUUCUCUGAGUUCAAGCAAAACCAAAGGAAAAAGAAGCAAGUGCAAUUUAGACCAUCCCACGAAGUGACAGUGAUUGAAGAUGCAGGAGAGUCCAAAGGCCGCAAGGUAUCUUCAGCAAGAAGUCCGAGGAGAGAGCGGGAGAAGGCAAAGGAAAAGCAGAAGAAUGACUAUAAUUUGCUAGCCGAUUUACGUGAUGUGUAUUCAAGAAAAGGUGAUUCCGAGAUGCAAAUGAAUCAUAUAAAGGCUGAUUUUAAUGAUGUAAAAUUAAACCACGAACAAACUUUCAAUGGCGAGUGUGACGGCGAAUAUAACAAAGUGACACUCUCUCUUGAUGGUGACCAACCUACCCAUGAAGAGUUUAGAGAAGAUAAGGAAAAUGGUCAGACUGAGGAGGAAGGGUUAUUCUAUGAUGGUGACAGAGGAGCUGACAUUAAGAUGGGUGAGGACCAGGAGCAGAGGGACCACACUGGGAGAGCUGGUGAACAUGAGGACUCCAGUCUCCAUCUUAGUCUGAGUGAUUAUCAGACCUCAGGUGUGAGCACAGGAAGCUCCCAAAAUAACCAACACCUGCGUCUUAAUACAAAUAUAACGCAACCCGCUACAGGCUUUAGCACCUUUACCUCUUCUACCAACAUACCUACCCGACAAGCCCCACCCCCACCCAGAGGUCGUACUCUCAGUCCCACAAGGCCAAAUGUACCACCACCACCCCCUCCUACCACAAGACCGUUGUCAUUAUGUACAGCCCCACCUAAAAUUUCACAACCUCAGCGACCAUUACCAUCUCCUCCCGCAUUACUGCUCAAUCCACCCACAGAGUCAUCUCCUCCAUCACCACCUCCUCCUCCUUUACCAACAUCACCCCCACCUGCCUUGGAUGACACACAUCAGAUGUCUGUUGUAAAUCACACUACUCAAGAUUUACCCUCACCCCAGAGUCCAACCUUCAGCAGCUUUAAGGCCCACUCAAUUUCUCUUAACCCAGCAAUGAAGAUCAGUCCCUCUCUGACUCUUCCUGCAACCUCCUCAGAGAUAUCGUGCUCAACAGAAUGCCUUCGGGAAGUGUUACCGCCAUUAGGACAUGUUUCUGUGUUUGGUGCCGACGAGGAGACUCGCACGGCAACAAUACGUGGGCGAGGUGCAGCCCAUGCCCGACCAUCCAUCAUAAAUACUUUUACAACUGGAGCAUCUGCUAGCACUUCAUCAGCUUCUAGUCCUCCUGUAGCUCCUAGGAGACGGAAUAGAAAUCGUUCUUUGAGUCCUGAAGCAAAUGAAAGUGCAGCAGGGAAUGGUACACGAGUAAUAGGUGGACGACGUCGAACCUCAUUUCUGAACAGUCUGGCUGGAGAAGAGCACCCUUACGAACAGAUCACCGAUCACAUUUAUGAGGAGUUACUCUCUAAUUCACCAUCCCAUGCAUCCAAUUUUGCUGGCCACCACAGUCCUACACACAACAGUUCACCUCACAAGUCACCUUCUCCAGGGAAGUCCAUGUUUGAAGGUGCAUCUAAAUAUGAAAUAUUAGAAUAUCUCCAGGAUGCCCGACGAAGAGUAGCAAUCACCGUAGAUGACGAGGAUGAGGAUGUCACUUUACAGGGUUUGGAGGAUGUUCCUCUGGAGGCUGAGGUGGACCUCGAGGAUGAGGAGGAGGAGGACCAGUUAGGGGUUGACCCAUCUGAGGACCACUUCACCGUCCUUACCUCAAGGAACAGAGGAAACAGAUCCUCCAACAUGAGCUCAAAUUCUGACUCAUCAGAAAACAGUGGACUUCUGAGGUCAGAUAAGGAGCGGUUGACAACAGGAGAGGUUGAGAGGACUGAUUCUGGUGUGGGAUCAGAGACCAGCAAACCCUCAGUGGCAGUUCGUCGUGGCCAGCGAGGUGUAGGAGGAGCCAUGGUGGCCAAGGAUGGUGAUGUACCUCUCUGUGAUGAUUGUGAUGCUCCUGUUGACACCCAUGUCACCAACAGCGGAGUGGUCUACGCACCCUUGGUAUGUCGUCGUUGUUCUCGCCGUCGUCAAGAAAGAAAGGAAAUUUUGACAGAGAUUAUGGAGACAGAGAUAAAAUAUGGACGAGACUUGCGUGUUAUGGUGGAUGAAUUUUACAGACCCAUCUUGGUAGCUGGAUUGUUGACCCGUGAUCAGCUGAAGGGAAUAUUCCUAAAUGUGGAGGAGCUGGUGGAGCACAACCGGAUGUUCUCCUUACAGCUGCGUGAUGCCUUGGAGAUUGCUCUGGAUCAGGGCGAUGAGGAUCUCCUAACUGUCAAUGUGGCAAAACUCUUCCUUCAUGCUGCUCCAAUGCUUCAUGCCUUUGAAAAUUAUUGUGUGAGACAGGGCUCAGCCUCACUAUUGCUUCAGACAUUAGAGAAGGAGAAGGAGCUGCUAAGAAUAUUCCUAAAGGUGUCGCAGAUGGAAAACACAUUACUGCGUCGUAUGAAUCUUCAUUCUUUCCUUAUGGUUCCAGUUCAGCGUGUAACUAAAUAUCCUCUGUUGUUGGCAAGACUAUACAAGGCCACACCCCCAACUCAUCCUUCUCGAGAGGAUUGCCGACGUGCCAAAGAGAAAAUUGAAUUGCAUUUACAACACAUGAAUAAUGAAACAAAGGAGAUGAGCCCAACAAAACUAUGGCGCCGUAUCUCCAUGAGUGUGGGUAGUGGGGCUCCUCUCAAGCGGUCACCACAACCACAUGACUUUUCCACCAAUCUCAAGCUCAGGAAGCUGGCACUGGAAGUAUUGGAGUGGAGUGUAGAAGAGGCUAGAGUGGUCAGAGAAGGUCGUCUCUUUUGCCUGGCACCAGACUCAAACAAUUGGACACGAAGAGGACGCACCCUUAAAAUGGCAUCGGUUCACGUUUUGCUCGUCACGCAAGGCACACCAACAGCUGUGUUUGAGGAAAAGGUUCCAGAGGAUGGUUUGGUGACUCCACACAAUUUGGGUAUUAGAGAUGCAGCAAUGCUUGCCUUUAAAGAUCACAAAGUGUCAAAAGCUGCUCUGAUCAGACAUGACCCAUGGCUACUGAGUCGGUGUGUGGUAGCAUGGGAAUCAGAAGGAGAAACCGAAUGCUUCGAGGUGACAGAUCUCAAUUCCAAGGAUACAUUUAUCUUCAAGGGAAGUGACAACACAAGCACAGAGGCAUGGUUCCGUUAUAUUCAAUUCCAUGCACUCUCAGUUGGGAUGUGGAAAAGACGAAGACCUGCUCUUGCUAAUAUUAUGAUUAAUGGUAUGAGUAGAAGCUAGUUUAAGAUUAUUCUUCGUUGAACAUGUAAGUGACAAAAAUCAGAGAAAUAGAUAAUUAUAAGAAAAAUCACAGAGAUGUGGAGUAUGUGAUUCAAAUGGUGAGCCAUUGAAACAGCUAAUUAUCAGUAAAGUACAGAAUCAGAUUGGAUUGUAGGAAAAUUCCUAUCACUGUAUAGGGUUAGAAGAAGGAAAUUGCUUGAAAAAUUGAUUAAUACCUGAAGUCUCAAAAAUCAAUUAUUUCAAUAAGAAGGUUAUUAAAAGUCUCACAGAACUGUUAUAACAUACGAGUGAAAGUAGAAGGAAGGAACCCGUAAAGUUUAAUGCCACAUGAAAUGUAAUUUACGUCGGUGGACAAAAAAUUUUGACGUGUAGUGAAGCCGAAAAAGGUGUGGUAUUACAAAGUACUGUACGUAUUGUGAACAUUUAGAAAAGAGAAAAAUUCUAACUGUUCAUAUAGAAGAAAAAUGUAUGUGCCUUACAUGUCUUAUAUAUUAUAAGGUUUGACAGUUUGUCAAGUGAUAAAUAUUUUAUUUUUUUUUUUAAUAUUUGUCAAGUCACACUAAACCAAAUAAAUUAGCAUUUGACAUUCCUAUUAGUAUAGUGUUAUACUGAUUAAUAUCACUGUGAUGUGACAAGUCACCAAUAUUGUACAGCGUUGUGUGGAACAGAUGCAUUGUUGUGCCACUGGCGUUACCGGUGCUGAUGUGCCAAAUCAACCUUUCAGCUAAUCUAAGCAGACAAUUUAAUGUGGGCAGCAUCUUUUUGCUAUGCCAGUGUUGUUUUCUCUAUACUGUAAACCCUCGAUAACUCGGCACGUACGGGGCUCCGACCUUGCCGAGUUGUCCUAAAUUUUGACUUAUCGAGGCACUUCUCCCUCCUACAAAAAUACCAUGGAAAAUUAUCGACCCACAUAUGUGUACAUAUAAUUACUAAAUUUAAAAGAGUAACACCUACCAGCACUGCAGGCAAAGAAUGAAGCAUCAUUGUAGGAUACACAGAUGCAAGAUAGGUGACACAGAGGUAUGGUACGUGACACAGAGGCAUGGUAGGUGACACAGAGGUAUGGUACGUGACACAGAGGCAUGGUACGUGACACAGAGGCAUGGUACGUGACACAGAGGCAUGGUACGUGACACAGGAAUGGUAGGUGACACAGGAAUGGUAGGUGACACAGAGGCAUGGUAGGGUACACAGGGGCAUGGUAGGAUACACAGAGGCAUGGUAGGUGACAGAGGCAUGGUAGGUGACACAGAGGCAUGGUAGGUGACACAGAGGCAUGUUAGGUGACAGAGGCAGGGUAGGUGACACAGAGGCAAGGUAGACAGGUAGCCAGAUACGCCGAGAUUUCCCAGAUAAUUUUAUGUAUCUCGGCAUUUCCCAGGUCAUGCCGUUACAUUCCGUGACCACGUACGUGCAGAAUCGUACGAAAUUCCGAGUUAUCGAGGGUUUUACUGCAUAUCUUUUAUAAGAUUUCAACUUUCUAUAUUUUGUAUAAAAAUAUUAUUAUUUUUCUUUUGUAUAAUAAAUUUAAAGAUAGGAUAAUCUAUUGUAAACUCAUAUUCAUUUAUAAUUUUGUUUAUACUAUCAACAUGUUUUCCUAGUUGUAAUUUAUUGUACUGUAUUUCCUUUUCCACCUCCUUUAUGUAAUGUACUAUGACAUAUAAUGAUGCUGACUGAAGAAUUUUUUUUAUGAAUAUAUAUUGUCUGAUAUGAAUGCAAAACUGUAAAAGAACAGUUACAAAAAUUUUCUUAUUUUCAUUUGGAAUUCCAUAUUACUAUUUUGCUUUUGUAGCAUCUCUGGAUGUCAGAAUUACUAUUCAAAGAAAAUUGAUUUCGGUUUGAGAAAUUCUUUUAUGUUCCUUCUCAGUUGUAUGUGUAUACAGGACAGUACUCACUUGCUUUAAACAAGGAAUAGAUUCCCAGAAAAGGGUGUUUAAAGCAAUUUCUUUUCAAACGAACCUCUUUUUAACAUGGUACAAAGAUUCCAAACCCUGUCCCAAGACCCAAUAUUGAACCAUAUACACGUGUUUGAGGUAGCUGGGUAACUGCCUGGCUGAACUGUGUGGUGUCUCCCAGAGGAUGGUUUGAGUGCAGAAGGAGUUAUUUAAAAUAUAUGCUAUUGUAUUUUAUGAUGUGCUAUGUAUAAAUUUUAUUGUUGAUUGUGGCAAUUUUUGUUCAGUUGUGGCACAUGCACUUUGGAAUAUAUUCUAAUUUGGCUCACUAAAUUGUUGAACUCUGAACUACACAGUUUAUAUAAAAUUUUUGGCGUUAAUAAAUCGAUCGUUUAAAGUGGGGGAGUACCGUACCUGCAUAUGUAGAUCUCUGUAGUCCUUUAUUUUUUGCAUUUGUUAAACAUUUUUGCCGACCUUGCUUUGGUACGCUAUUAGUCGUCUCUCAAAUUAUUAACAAAAUGGAGGACAGUAAUAUAUUUAUUUUUCCACUUUAUACUGUACUUUAAAAUAAUUUCACCAAUUUCUAGAUAUUAAAUUGCCGACAAGAUGGGAACAAUAUACGGUACUUCCAAAAAUAUAUACUGUACCCAGUAAAUCAAAUUUGAUGUAACAUUUACUUUAUAUACCAUCUCAUUGUUUAUUAAUUAUUUGCAUAUUCCAUACACUCCUCAAUAUUAGUUUAAUUACUGUACUGUACAGUACAUCUUUACAUCAUAUCUUCUAUCAUCUAUUCCCUCCCACUCAGCAUGCCUUUUCACUGAUGCUAUUCAGUUAAACUGAACAAAAGUUAUCUAGUUCCUAAAAGUAUUGUACUGCAGUGCUUAAUCUUAUAUUCAAUCUUUAUUUUUUUUUUUAUAUGUUGUACAGGCAUCUCCCAUGUUAGGGAAGGGGUGCAUUCUUACAGAUCUUGUUUUGGCCAAAAACAUAAAAAAAGGUGGAUACAAAUUAAAUUAACCCUUUUUAAGCACAUUUCAAACGGAAAAUAUAAUAUUUUGUGGUUUAAUAUGAUAAUAAAUACACUAAAGACUUGCAUUUAGCUAACCAGAAAUUAUGUUGAUCACUGCAUCACCUUGAUGUGCAAAUUAAGGCACAUUUUUAACCUUUCAAACCAACCUUUACAAAGUUUGUUUUGCCUGCAAAUCAAAACACAAUCGGUCUUAAUUCUCACGAGAUUUUUGUACGCCAUUUGUUUUUUCUUUUUUUAAUUGCUAUCUCGGUUCACCGAUCUCUAAGAUGAGUUGUUGGUAAGUUUCUCUUGCAGAUUUGUAUUUGCAAUUCAUACAUAAAAUGUUAAAAUUGAAUUUAACUGCUUGUGCAAUUGCAUAAUUGUAUAAAGAUAUUUAAAUAGCGUAUUUCACCUUAAAUAGUUUUCAGAGUUGUUCUAUCUUUCUCUAUCCUCAUCUGUGUAAACUUUUGUCCUCCUUUAACAAACCUUUUCUUGUAUUUAUUAAAAUUCACCAUAGGACAGUCUUUAGUAUUCAUUUGCAUCCCUCUUAAUUUUUAUUUUUCUUGUAGUGUCACAUUUCUCCAUUUUCUCUUCAUCUUGCUUGCUAAUGUCUACCUACCAGUAAUUUCGGCCCACCUUUGAUAUAUAUAUAUUGGGCUGUUGUACAAUUUAUGUACAUAGGGAUGUAAACAUAUGAUACAUGUAAAUAGCUAGUGUCAUAUAUUAAUGUGAUUAAUAAAUACUGGAGAUUAAUAA